AGUUGCUAGCUAUGGUGGGAACUACAGCGGAGGCAGUUCCUGCGUUAUGAUCGAUGAUGACUUAAUAAGAAGGAAGGCUCUAUUGUGUUCACAACGGGUUUUAAGAAUACGCGGUAUAUAUUUUUUUUUCUGUUCCAGAAUAAACCGCGUAGGAAAUAUAUAUACAGCGACGCUUGAUAGAUACGGGAUUCCUUUUUUCCUCCUAAUAACUAGAAAAGUUGGGAAUUUUUGGAAACAUCUGUUUUUGGAACUUUCAAUGGCUCUCGAUUUUUCAGUUUAUAUGAGAUGAGUGGUUUUUUUUUUUAAUUUACAUGUAUAAGUUAACCUGACAGUAGAUUGGACAAUCAAAGGAACUUUCCCUUAACAUCAGAUAUUGGACAAACUAUUCAUGAACUUUACGGGAUUAAAUUUUUCGUCUGAUUUGGUCAGAGAAACAAAUCAUGUGUAUUCCUCGGAACUUCUGACUUUUGUGUCCGUCUUUCUCCUGCUAUUUCUGGGAGUCGGAGCUGUCAAUGGAGUUUUAUUUAUUCAAUACAGGAAAAGAACAAUAAAACUAUUGGACGUGUUUCUUUUAGUCAUUUAUGCAGAGAUCACAAGUUUUGCUUCUAUCCUGUCAUUGAUACUUUUCUUAUUCGAAGCAACAAGUCAAUAUUCUGAUUUAGUGCGAAGUCUGUCUUUCCCUUUUCUUAUCAACUGUUUCUGUCUGAUCCAAGCCAUUAUCCUCAGACUUACUCGACUAGAUGUAAAACCAAUUCAGUACAAUGGCAUCAAAUGUGUAUUUCUCUCGUCGGUUGGCAUGGUUCUAAUGGCAAUUAUCGUUCAAGCUUUGGGCUUCUUGACCAUCUUUGCUAGAGAUUUAGUUAAUAUUCUUUUAGAUGUAUCUUUUAUUUGUUAUGCUGUCUAUCACAUCUUAUGUUUCUUAUUCAGUGCCGCUAAACUUAUCAAGUACACCAAAGAGUUACGAAAUGUAAAGCGAGAGAUUAGUAUACAUACUCUGUCCAAAAGGAACUAUUCCUCGCGAGAAUCGUCAAUAAAACGUGUAAAAGCUCCUCGCCUUCGGAAUUGUGGGAACUUGGUGAAACUGGUGAGUGACUCGGAGUCUUCUGAAUGUUUGACAGAACAAACAAAGUCAUCGAUGAUGGAAUACUACAUCUGCAAACACGUUUCACCUUACAGGAUGGUGUCUAAAUCGUCACCAUGCAAGUUUGCAAAAGAAGCCGAAUGUAAGCGUGGAAAAGUCAAACAAAAGUCGGAUACUAAUUUAUUUUAUGAGCAAAGUGACGAAAUUUUUACCAGUUCAAAGAUUCCCAGGGACUAUGAUGUAUCAGCUUGUCGAAGAAAAGGUCACAGGUCAAUGUCGUUUCCAAGGGAAGGGUCCGAUCUGGUUCAAAUGACACUAAGGAUCCCUCGAUCUUGCUGUAAUCUGAAUAAGUUUGACACUUUGACUGUCAGUGAUCAUAUGGAUUUCAAACGAACCAUUAGUCCUGCUUCUUCUAACAGUUCGGGUAUUACACGAAUCAGCAAGAGAAACAUCGGAAGUGGCUACGUAGCUGAUAGUGAGGUCAUAAGUGCCAAUUCUGAAUUUAGUGACAAAAGUCAGGCCAACGAAAUGCAGUCCCCCUUUUUGUCCACCCUACCAAACUCUCUCUCGUUCCUGAGCUUUUAUCGGGUACAACAAGGUCGUCUGCUAUACAGACUUCUUUACAUAUGUUAUGCCAUGACCACUUUUCUCGGUGUCUCCUCCUUGGUCAAGAUAUGUCGAAUCCAGAAGUUCUGGGGUCAAGACGUCAACACGGAUUUUCCAGACCAGCUGACGAUUCGCUGUUUUGACAGGGUGAUGGAUGUCGGCAUUGUUGUGUUGACGACCGCCGCCGUCCGUCUCGUAGUACAGCAUCGAACACACCGCAAACGGAAGAACGGCGUGUCAAAAACGGAGUCCAACAACGCCACGUGACUUACUCCAUUUUGUUUCAGUGAUAGUAAUAAAUGUGUCUGUUUCGUGUUUUAAAUCAAUCAUUUUUUUCGUCAUGGAUGUGAAGGUUUAAUUAUAAAGAUACUGCUUUGCCAUUGUCUAUUCUUCUGAACAUUCAUUUGCCAGAACAUGAAAAACAAGUCAGCUUUUCCCUCUCUUUUAUUGCCGAAUUUUUGCACGUUUUUUAAUCGCAUCGAAAUUCUCGGUGAGUAAAAAAUGUAAAUUUGAGUAAUUGUUCAUUAAAUCAAUAUAAAAGGAAA